GCCUGCCAGUUCCGGCCCUUGUUACCAAGGUGAUCGCAGGCGCCUGUGCAGUGUCCUGUAGGGUUCCGCCGUUCCCCAAGAGGCUACGGUUGCUACGGUGACCGACUGCGCUAUCUGCGUGUGGGACUCUUUCCGCUGUGAGCCCCGCCCAGACCCCGUCCCCGACGCCCUGGAUUCGUCAGAAGCCGGCGGGUCUCGCGUGGUGCUCGUUGUCAUGGUGAUCGCUGCCCGGGGCCCAGCCUGACCAGGUCACCAAGCUUCUGGAGCCUUCGCAACCUCCGUGGGUGAGUCCGCCAUACCCUUGCCCCAACCUCGUUCGCCCCCGUAUGGGCUUGUCCCGGAGGCCCUAUUUGGGAGGGCUCCGCGCCCCCGCCCACCUCUCACCGAGGUAACCUGAAAGCCGAGGCCUGCAGCCCCGGGGCCUCAUUCCCUGAGCGCCCACCUCGGGCCAGGCCCGUGUUGGUCCUGAAGGAGAGUCAGAUUAGAUCCGGGAGGACGAUAGGCCUGGUUAAGGCCUCGGCCAAGGCCACCCUCGUGGGGAAAGGGGGAAGACAGAAGAUGCAGGACUGUUGAAUAGGCCUGAGGGGCCAGGUGCUGGGCAUGGUGAGGGGGUACAGGGAAACGCCUGUGGGCUGUAACCUAAGCCCCCCACCACCACCCAAACCUUAAUCCCUUAGAGACUAGGAGCAAGGGACCACCCCUCACCACCGCAAUUCCACUUCCACCUGGGCCAUGAUGCACAGCUCAGCGUUUGUGCAAUGCCUCACUCGCACCCCAGUGAUAAGUUCAGAGAGCAGCCUCUCCUGGUUGGAUACCUGGCAGAAGGAGACCCAGGUCUUCCUGACUCCCAGGCAGGACUAGGAAAGCCUGGUUCCCUCCACCCCCACCCCAACCAUACUGUCUGCAGAUGGAAAGAGAUGACCUCUGGCCAGUAUCCCUGACUGAGAAGGAAGCCAGGAUCAAUGUUUAAAGCUGCUGAGAAGUUAAACAUAAACUUGAGGCUGAGUCCCCAGGGUUUUGCACAGCUCCCUAACUCUCCCCUGGUUGGGUCCACAGGACAUUCUGGAAGGAUGAGGUCCUCCCUGACGCCUUUGGGGCCACCUGUGAGCCGGGACCGCAUCAUCACCAGCUUCCCUAAGUGGUACACCCCUGACGCCUGCCUGCAGCUCAAGGAGCACUUUCACGGGCAGGUCAGCAGCACCUGCCAGAGCAGGAACACGGGGACCGUCGGGCUCAGACUCUCCAAGGUGGUUGUCGUUGGCGAUCUCUACGUGGGCAAGACCAGCCUCAUCCACAGGUUUUGCAAGAAUGUUUUUGACCGUGACUACAAGGCCACCAUCGGGGUAGACUUUGAAAUCGAGCGCUUUGAGAUUGCUGGGAUUCCCUAUAGCCUCCAAAUCUGGGACACAGCAGGGCAGGAGAAGUUCAAGUGCAUUGCAUCUGCCUACUACCGGGGUGCCCAGGUGAUCAUCACAGCCUUUGACCUCACUGAUGUGCAGACUCUGGAGCACACCAGGCAAUGGCUGGAGGAUGCGCUAAGGGAGAACGAGCCAGGCUCCUGCUUCGUGUUCCUCGUGGGAACCAAGAAGGACCUUCUGUCAGGGGCUGCAUGUGAGCAGGCAGAAAUGGAGGCUGUGCGCCUGGCCAGCGAGAUGCGGGCGGAGUACUGGGGAGAAUGUGAAGGCGUUCUUCAGCCGUGUAGCUGCCCUGGCAUUCGAGCAGUCGGUUCUGCAGGACUUGGAGAGGAGGAGCAGUGCCCAGCUCCAGGUCGGCGACGGAGACCUCAUCCGAAUGGAGGGGAGUCCACCCGAGACCCAGGAGAGCAAGACAUCCUCCAGCCUGGGUUGCUGUUAGCUGGGGCCUGCAUCCGAAGCCUCUACUCCCUGCACAUGCAUGGACAGUGCCUUCCAUGACCGUGGAGGGGUGAUAGGAAGCCAUCCGUGUCUGCCCACGCACCAUGCUGAGCCCCAGAGCUCAGCCACUUGUCGUUAGCAGGUCAGGAGCCAGGAAAGACCUGCUCUGGCUGCCCAGGAGCCUCUCACUGCCCAGUUCUGGGUAUACUGUGGUGAUCAUCUGGAAGGCCAGUCCCUCCUCUAGAUUCACCUGGCCUUGAGAGGCCUCAGGACUACAGAUAUGAGACACUUGUGCCCCACUAUCUCUUACCCUCGGCACACAUCAGCUGCCCAUGUAGGCACUCUCCCAGCUUUCCUGGGUUGGCCUCAGAAUCCUUCUCAUCUAAGUGGUCCAGGCAAGCAGGACUUGUCAAAGUCAGCAUAUGAGGGAAAAUCCACCUGUCAUCCCUGCUUGGGACUUUUCUGUUCUCAACAGGACUUGAAGUUCUGGGCCUCGGAGCCCCAGGCUUCAUUGUCCACUGUCCCUCUGCCACAGACUUAUGGGAUCCCUCAGCAGCCUUGCCCCUCUGGAGGAGGAUGGACAAGAUGGUCUCUCAGGCCCCUUUUGGCCAAGGGGUCAUCUUUGGCUCACGUUUGAUCCCUGGGAUCCUGUCCUAUUGGUCAGUGGGUGAGAAUGUGCAGAAUAGGCUAUUCAUGCCCCUCUGGCCCACCUGGACAAUGAGUUUCCCUAGCUGUGCUAUGGGAAGAAGCCUUCCCAGCUGCCCCUGAGGUAAAUUCCUACUACAUCCAAUGUGCAUGGCACUGCCCUGCUGUUACCAGCAAUGGUCACCCAGACACUGCUGAGCUGGUGUCCACGGUUGCCCUGCCAUCCCUCUCUCCCUCCGGCCUACACAGGAAGGGCCUGGAAAACAAGAAAAUGCUGGGUGUGUGCCUCUCAGGACCUUUGUGGUGGCAUCCACGUAUCUUUCGAGGAUAUCAGAGGCCCUCCAGAGUCUAGCAGGCUCCUCACCUACACCACCCUGUCCUGCACAUCCAGAACCAGAAGGAACAACCCAGGCACCCCUUCCCCAGCUCCUUCCCAGAGUGCCCGCUCUCUCUAUACCCUCAUCUUACUCUUCUGUGGGAGCUAUUGACUACCCCCACACACCCCACACUCCGCGGCCCUGGGUGGGUGCCUGCUCAUCCCUGCCCACCCCGUGCCACAAGCAGGUGGGCACAUCUGGGCACUUCCCACCUGCUUCUCAGGUGAGCAUUUUGCAAACAGCUGUUCUGGUCAGUGCCCCGAACAGUACCCUAUACAGUGCCUGGCACACUGCAAGUGCCCAGUGGCGUUCAUCAGCUGAUAGCAACUGCCAAAUGCUGGUUGGGGAAGAACCUGGCAUCUUUUUUCUGUUCAUUCUCCCUUCACAUUUUAGCUGUCUUUUUUUUAUAGCUAUAAAAUACUUCUUUAUAUAAAGCACACAAAGGAAUUAUGUACACACUUGUGAUAAGCCAAAACAAGACACUACAAAGCUUUGUAUAUAGACUAAAAGUCCCCCUCCUGUCCCUGGAAGUAAGCAUUGUUAAUGGCUGUGGGAAUCCUCCCAGACUAUUCCUGGGCAGCACAACCAUGGUUGUGGGCUUGUUUGUUUAACCAGAAUGAGCUUCCACCACACAUGCUGCCUGGCAGCCUGCAUUCUUGUCAACCUGCAGGAGCCCUCUCCACACACCAAACCUACUUGUUCUUUAGCAGCUGCCAUUUUCCUUCCCGUGAUGGACCAGAGUCCCAAGUGCCCUGUCCCCUGAGGGAGACAUUUGGUUUGUGUCCAUGUUUUAGCUUUUACCGAAGGUGCUUCAGUGACCAUCUUAUAGAUGUAGCUUCACACACUCAGGAUUCCCAAAGAGGACUUGCUGGCCCUUCUGUGGUGUGGGUCCCCAGCUUGGUCCACUAGACACAAUCUUGGGGGGCAGGCAGGUCACAUUAGGACCAGGGCUGUGGCACACAACAGAAAGUGUCACGGGACGGAGGAGCCCGGUCACAGUGGGCUGGCGCUCUCCAAUGGCUCCCUCCCCUCACCCCUUCAGACCCCAGGGUUGGGGGGGGGGGGCGACAAUAAAGGUGUCCUGUUGCUAGCUCCUGAGCUAGAACCAACCACAGUAUGUUGUGUGUGCCCACUCUCUGUACGUGGCCCUUUAUUAAACUUUCCCCAUGCUG